UACACGCACUGUGUACUGUUUUCAUUUCAUUUGCUUGCGUUCCCUCGUCUCUCCGACGAAAUCGUCGCCGUUCUCCCCGACAUUGUUUUCUCUCAUUUCGAUUCGCAGAAAUUUAACAGAACCAAAGUUUUUUUCUAUACAAAAAUGGUAUUAAAUUAAUAUUCCGAACUCUCUCUCUCUCUCUUUCUCUCUCCCCUUUUCCGGGAAAAUAAAUAACGACGUAUUUCCUGGGAACGAGUGGGAGGACGGGAUCCGAGGUUGUUUUUGGAGUUUUGCAACGAAUGACCGGGAUUUUCUCCCUCAUCUCAUUCUCUACGGAGGAGAGAGAAAGGGAGGGAAGAUAAUCUGACGAACCGUCCCUCGCGCGGUGGUUUGCUUCUCUCUGAGGUGACAGGCUAUGAAAAGAGAGGGAAGGUUAUGGAAGAAGAAUUCCAAGAGUUCGUGGUAGAAUCCUUUUUGGACGAUGAGGAAGCCCUUGACCCUGAUUAUGAGUUCGACGCGCCUCGUUUCUGUGAUUUCUCUCAGCCCGAGAGAUUUUUGGAUGCCGUGGAAGCCGAACAGUGGUUUGAAUCCGCAGGAAGCUACCCGCCUUCACCAUAUGUCUUGAAGUUGAGAUUGGGAAAAGGCACCAUGUGCACCCCAGCUGAUUGGGGGAAUGGCAAAAGCUCGAGUACCAUUAGCGACAACUCUGGUCACUGCAUGGAGCAUGAUGUUUCAGCAAUUGAGGGCGAUGACAGAGGACUUGAAUGUCAUAAUCACGCAUUAAAAGGUAAAACAAAGUCACACUUCAAGUCAUCUCGUUCAAAAAUUUCUACUUUAAUGAAGCCCACGGCAAGUCAUUUAGCCAAGCAAAGGAAUCCUUCAGAAGUCCUCACCACCCUUCGAAUUUCAAGGUCUCCGAGUCAGAGUUCUACAGAUAUCAAAGAAACCAAAAGACAGAAGCUAGAAGCCGGUUACUUGCGCAAGAUUGCACAUCUUAAGCAUCAACCUCCCUUUAUACAUAAGAAGCCGCAGGUUGAUGCUGCUGACGUCAAUUCAAGUUCUAAACCGAGAGUUACUAUUCCUAAGCAAUUUAACCUGGAAACAACUCGUAGAGCACAAAAACAUCAGUCUAGAACUAACAAAGAAUCAGGUGAAUGUAGAAAAUCAAGUUCUCAUAUGUUCAAAGCACUACAGUUAAACAAAAAGAUCCUUGAGGGUCCUUCAUUAUCCUUCUGUAAGAAGAGGACACCACAACUGACAGAGUUUAAUGUAUUCUACUUGAAGACAUCCGAGAGAGCUAUGCAACACACGUCUACCAAUGUUGUUCAUAAUUCUAAUUGCAGUUUAAGCUCAAGCAGAGAAACGAGGGAUCUCAGAAGACAAAACUCUAAUGAUGAAUCGAGACAGGAGAGAUGUAAACCUGUUAGCAAACUCAGAGGCAGCCCCGAAAAACUGAGAAGUAAAGGUGAAAGAGGUGUCUUCCGAAAUAUUAAACAGGAAAAUGUAAUGGAGAUAAAUGACAAGAGGUUGGCCAAUGAGCCACCUUCAGAAUUAUUUAGCAAGCUCUCUCUGGGUUCUGAAGUCAAGCAGACUACUACAAAAAAGCAGCCAACAUCUAAGGGCUUGAAGGAGAACAGGCCCAGCUACUUUCAUCUGCAGAACGAGAGGAUGAGCAAUAUCAAAGAAGAAAAGCAUAUGCCCUGUAUGAAGCAGUACCUACAGUGUAUGAAUGAGAGAGCAGAAAUAAAUCAAGCACGUAUGUUGGCAGGAGGUUGUACAUAUGUUUAAACUACACAAAAAUGUGGCUGCUUAGUAAAAAGCGAGAUACGCUGAGCUUUAAUUUAUGUGGAAGAUAUCUCAGAGGAAGAAGCUGAUUCUGCCGAUUGGCGAAGAUAAACAUUAGGAAGUGGAAAAAUGGAUCUCAAGGCCAAGACUUGCAUUGCCCAAGAAAACCCCGAUAGUUUUGGGACCUAUUUUUAAUUUAUCCAGACACGUGUUUUGGGGAUUUUUCUUGUGUAUCCUGAAACGUACGUUCUCUUGAGGCUUGACCUCACCCAUUUUACCAAAAAAAAAUAAAGAAAGAAAGAAACGAAAAGUUUAAUGUUGCUGGGUUUUA